GUUCUACAGCUGCUGCUCCAAUCCAAUGCUGCUCUCUUGAUGGACUGUAAAAUAAGAGACAAACUCAAUAUUUUUUGAUUGUUUGAUUACAAGACCUUGUACAAUAUGCAGUGAUAAUUCUGUUCAGCUCUAAAUACAUGACAGCAGAAGCAAACAGGAAACAUAGUAGCAUUUUUCUCAAAAUUCAAAACAAUGCAUUUGGAGAAAGUAGCUAAAAGUAGCUAGCAUUGCAUUAGCCAUAGCAUUAGAUCAAUUAAGCACUGCAUUGUGUGGCGCUUUUGCACUACAAGCUCUAUGUUUUGUGGUUUUGAAUGAUACAACUUUAAAAAAAAAAAAAAACAGGGUGUCAGGUUUGGUAUUCAAAAGCACAGCAUGAACCAAGCAGAGCAUGAUGGAACUGAAAUGAUGAGUGUGUGUGUGUGUUUGCUAUAACCACCUAUCUAAUAUCUCAAGAAGUUAUCACUGUACACAGUAAACAGUACAAGUAUGAUGUUCUUUGCAUUUCACUUGAAUUUUCACAUGAAUUCUAAAUAUUAUUUAGAUUCACAGGAGCGACUCAAUUUACAUACUCCUGUAUGGUUAUGUGUGUUUGUGUGUGUGUGUGUGUGUAGUGUGUGUGUGUGUGUGUGUAGUGUGUGUAGCAUGUGUGUGUAGUGUGUGUGUAGUGUGUAGUGUUUGUGUGUGUGUAGCAUGUGUGUGUAGUGUGUGUGUGGCCUGUGUGUGUGUGUGUGUGGCCUGUGUGUGUGUGGUGUGUGUGUAUGACCCCCUGUUCUGCAACCAUAGUGGCUUGUUGCUUAAUAGGUGCAAGGGGGUGGGGACGCAAAAAAAAAAUAUUAUCGACAUUUGUUUUCUUAGAACUAUGUCUUCCUUUAAAGGAGAACUGAUAGUUGUUUAAAACCCUUGACUGACAACACAAAGAAGAAGCCUCUAAGCUCUAAAAAAACUGUUCUGAAUAAGCCAUUUGAAAGCUUCAAACAGCAUCACAACAAGGCCAUGUCUUCAGCUGAAUUAGAUGAAUAUUUUGAAGGAGUUCUAGAUCAGCUCAAUAGUACUGCUUCAAUCUUUUCACUGGACCCAUCAGUAGCACCAGCGGUGGCUCCGGGACAUUGUACAGAUGUGACGUGUGUUUUAUUGGCUGUUGCAAAUGUCAUAAUUGUGCUUCUUGGUAUUGCUGGAAAUGGUUUGGUGAUCUGGAUCGCAGGGUUUAAGAUUAAGAAAACAGUCAAUGCUGUCUGGUACCUCAGCCUGGCUGUGUCCGACUUCCUCUUCUGUGCCUUCUUGCCUUUGUCCGUUGUCUAUAUUAUUAGAGGAGAAUGGGAAUUUGGGAACUUCAUGUGCAAGUUUGCAUCAUUCAUCUUGACCCUCAAUAUGUUUAGCAGCAUCUUCCUUCUCCUCAUCAUCAGCGUGGAUCGUUGUGUUUUAGUGAUGUUUCCUGUGUGGGCGCAAAAUAUGCGCAAUCUACGCAGGGCCUUGGUAAUGGUUCUGCUAGCCUGGAUUGGCUCAGCAUUGCUGAGUCUUCCGAUGGCCAUUUUCCAAAAAUUCGAUAUAACUAGCAAGAAAUGUUUCAGUAACUACCAGAAGGACGAAGAACACGUCGCUGUAACGAUAUGUCGAUUAGUUUUUGGCUUUGUGAUCCCCUUUCUGUUUAUCAUCACCUGUUAUUUCUUCAUUAUCCGGAAGCUUAGAAAUAACCAGAUGGCGAGGUCCAAAAAACCGUUUAAGGUCAUGACAACAGUGAUAGCGACUUUUUUCAUAUGCUGGAUGCCUUAUCACAUUUUUAAAUUAUUAGAAUUAAACGCAGAUUAUGCCGAUGUCAUACAUACCGGGCAUAAAUUUGGAACCACUCUUGCCAGCGCCAACAGCUUUAUGAACCCUUUGCUUUAUGCUUUCAUGGGAAAGGACUUUAAAAGAAAAUUUUAUGCAAUUCUCUCCAAGAUUGAGAGCACAUUUGAGGAAGAAGCCCGGAGUACACUCCGAGGGACGUCUAUUACUUACCCAGGAGACAGCAAUCUUUUGACUACUGUUUAAAGCGAAUCCUACAUUAGCAAAAACAGCAAACUAGAGAAAUGCAAAUAUUUCAUAUUUCAAUAAUCUGUGCUAAUAGUAGAUUAAUCAUCUCAGUGCACAAUAAUCUCUGCUUAUAAUGGAGUGUAUGUGGAAGAAAAACAUUUAGACAGAAGUAUUACAUUUACUUCAUGAUUUUAUGUAGUUUUUUUUUAAAGAAAUGAAUUUUAAAAAUAGAAAAAAGAGAAGGUUAUGGGAACAAAUUUAUCACAGUUCUGUAAAUGGAAGAAAAACAUUUGAUUAUCAGCAAAUUGUUCACCUACACAAGCAAUAAAUCUCUUUAUAAUCUCUUUAUAUAAUAACAUGACACGAAGAAUUUGAUUCCUUAUUCAGUUGUAACUGGUUUCAGCAGAAAAGUUCAUGAAAUGAUUUCAGUGUAUUUAUUUUCACCUUCUUUAUCUCAGUUUUUAAGUCUCUUUUUAUUUCAUCUUCUUUAUGAACCUUAUGUUAUUAUAGUGUUUAGAUUUCGUCUUUUUUUAUACUAAUGUUUAAUUCAGUGCUGUUUUAUAAAUCAUGUUAAAAUAUUUUAUAAAUCAUGUUAAAAAUUUAUUUCAUACCUUUAAUUCUACAUUAAAACAUUAAGCCUGUUUCACUGUGGUUUUAUUUUGCUAUGAUUAAGCAUAUGUCAGAUUUCUGCAUGAAACGGAGCAGAAACCUCAGACUUUGAUGUAACACACAAAACACUUUACAGCUUCAAUUUUGGUGCUAAAAUGACUGGAUAACGAUACUAAUUCUAUAAAGAGAAUAAAUUUAGUUUGCCAUAUUUCAGUCAGGGAAAAAAGCUAAUACUAUCAGUCAUAAAUCCUUUAUCCAAAUAA